AUGUUUAAAUCGAUUUUCUGUUUCAUUUUCUUAUAUAUACCUAUUGAUACUCUGCACAAGAAUACGUCACCUAGUCCUCGUCCCAACUUUCUCAUAAUUGUUGCUGACGACCUUGGCUAUACAGACAUUUCGCCAUAUGGAUCUGAAAUAUCCACACCUAAUAUCGAGUCACUUGCGUCUAAUGGCGCAACUCUCUUUACUGACUUUCACACAGCUUCGACAUGUUCUCCAACACGUUCGAUGUUACUUAGUGGAACGGAUCAUCAUUUAGCUGGUAUUGGGCAAAUGUCUGAUAUGACAGAACGAUAUCCAAAACUUUGGGGUGGAAAACAAGGUUAUGAGGGAUAUUUGAACGAUCGAGUGGCUGCUCUUCCAGAGAUUCUAAAAGAUCUAGGCGGAUACCAAACUAUGAUGACUGGGAAAUGGCAUUUAGGCACUGUGAAGGAACAAAUUCCAUCAAAACGUGGUUUCGAACGGAGUUUCGCACUAAUUCACGGUGCAGGCAAUCAUUUUAAUUAUGAACCUGCAGUAGCAACAGAACGAGGAGGAUUUGCAUUGAACCCUCCGUUAUAUGUACGAGAUGAUGAGUUUAUCAAUCAUACGGCUCUGCCCGAAGAUUACUAUUCAUCCGAUUAUUUUACGUCAGAAUUAAUUCGAUUUCUUGACGAAGGGGAUGAAAGAUCGUUUUUUGCCUACCUUGCUUUUACUGCUCCACAUUGGCCUCUACAAGCACCGAAUGAGUUGAUCGAGAAAUACAAAGGAAAAUACGAUGCAGGACCAGAUGCCUUGCGUGCUGCCAGACUGGAGAGACAGCGACAAUUGGGCUUACUCACUCGAAAUGUGGACUCAAUGAGGGUGUCAACGAAUGAGACAUCGUGGAAGUCCAUGUUAGAUGAUGAACGAGCAUUCUCGGCAAAAACAAUGGAAAUCUAUGCAGCCAUGAUCCAUAGAAUGGAUGAUAGUAUUGGCCGUAUAAUCGAUUAUCUUCACCGAACGAACCAAUUUAAUAAUACAUUUAUUCUUUUCAUGUCCGACAAUGGAGCAGAAGGAGUGGUACUCAGAGACGGCGCGAAGUAA